AUGUAUACCUCGCAUCCACAUGCACAUCUAUCCGGCAGCGCGUUUGGUCCUGGUGCAUUCAAUUUCCGGGACCUCAGUAUGAAGAGACCCAGCAAGCCAGACUAUUUCCAGAUGAAGCCUGUCCGUGGAUCUUCUCCCACAGCUAGUCUGGCGGCAGAUCUUUCACAGAACUUUCACAUUGAUAUGAGCCCUCAACUACCCACCCCUCGACGAUCGCUCUUCACAUCGAACCUGUUUGGAACAAUUGAUCUUCGGGAAUCUGUCACAACUCCUCCGUUGCCGUCAUCUUCCCCAGGACCAUUGAACGAAAUGAUGGAUAUCUCUCCGUUGCCUCACAAGCAACCAUUCUUUGCACAGAUUGACAUCCAAUCACCUACACCAGGUCACACCCCAACAGAAGAGAUUGUGAUGCCAUCAUCACCGCCUCGGCCGGCCUUUUUAGAGGCUCCAAAACCCUCUUACGGCGCAGAGCGACGGAAGAGUACAUUAAUUCGACCAACUCUCAGCCGAACCAAGGGAUACUCCACGAAUACCUUGCCCUCUCGAAAUCCCGAUCAAUUGCCUCCCUUCCGCUUUGGUGCUGGAAGUAGCAAAUUGUCGACAUCGACCUCAAUGUCUCUCGGAGAGUGUUUCAUGGAAUCCCCACCACAGGAGCGCAGACCUCAAUCUGCCAACAGUCCUUCGGUGUCCAACCUACCGCCCAAGCCAAGCAGACCAUUCGGAAGCAUGAAUGGUGUCUCGAUGCGAAAUGGUUCACCAAUUGGUAGUCAUACCAGAAGACCCUCCAAUCCGUUAAUUCGGCCUAGGAAGCAAUUUCGACGAUCAUUGAGCAUGUUCGAACACCCUGGAGAUGUCAUGAAGGGAAAGAAGGAUGAGCAGCCAUGCAGUACCUUGAACACUGUCAUGGAUGUCGACGAACUUCACCAACCUGUGCUGCCACAUUUCUUCCAAGAAGGGCAACCCGAUAGCAUUCCUCGGAUCACCCGAGAGACACUACUUCAAGUCUUGGAUGGAAACUUCGACAACCAAUUCGAUCAACGUAUGGUCAUUGACUGUCGGUUCGAGUACGAGUUCGAAGGUGGACAUAUUGAUGGAGCUGUCAACUAUAAUGACAAAGAGCUACUCGCGGGUCAAUUGUUCGAAGCUAGUCUUCCGGGCAAGACCCUUCUAAUCUUCCACUGCGAAUACUCUGCCCACCGAGCACCAAUCAUGGCGCGACAUGUACGAAAACAGGAUCGUACUACUAAUGCUGAGCACUACCCAAAGCUUACUUAUCCAGAAGUAUAUAUCCUCGAUGGUGGAUACAGUGCUUUCUUUGCUGAACACCGAGGUCGUUGCUUCCCUCAGAAUUACGUUGAGAUGGACGCAAAGGAGCAUGCAUACACAUGUGAACGGGAGAUGGGAAAGCUUCGACACAACCGAAAUAAGUUGAGCCGAGCCCAGACUUUUGCUUUCGGCCAAGGCCAGAUUGACGACAGCCCUACUGCACCUAAUCGAUCCAAGACAACUGGUAGUGACCUGAUGAUGACAGGAAUGACAUCCCCAAUGCUGGGAUACGACCGAGCACAAGCACGACGUAUGGUUUCAUACUAA